CAGUGACAAAUAGAACGCAGUGGAACUGUCGGUGAGCCCAGCGACGCCGGUGAAAGAUGGCGUCUCUUCUGCACCCAGACAGAGUAGUCUAUCUGGUUCGUGGACAGAAAAGGAUUAGAGCCCCCUUAUCUCAACUUUAUUUUUGUCGCUACUGUAGCGAGUUAAGGUCGCUAGAAUGUGUGUCUCAUGAGGUGGACUCCCAUUACUGUCCUAGCUGUCUGGAGAACAUGCCGUCUGCUGAAGCUAAGCUGAAAAAGAACAGGUGUGCAAAUUGCUUUGACUGCCCAUGUUGCAUGCACACUCUGUCGACUCGGGCCACUAACAUUCCAGCUCCUCUGGCUGACGAUCCUACCAAGACAACGAUGAAGAAAGCCUACUACCUGGCCUGCGGUUUCUGUCGCUGGACCUCCAGAGACGUAGGAAUGGCUGACAAAUCAGUUGCCAGUGGUGGAUGGCAGGAGCCAGAAAACCCCCACGGUCAGCGGAUCUCCAAGCUGAUUGAGUAUUACCAGCAGCUCGCCCACCGAGAGAAGCAGGAGAGAGACAGGAAGAAGCUGGCAAGGAGACGACAGUGCAUGCCCCUGGCAUUCUCGGAAAAAUACGGCCUUGGAACCAGACUGCAUAGGCAGAGACCUGGAGCCCCUAUAGCCACUCUGGCUGGACUUAGCCUUAAAGAGGGUGAGGACCAGAAGGAAAUCACAAUCGAACCCGCUCAGGCCCUUGAUGAAGUGGAGCCCCUGCCUGAGGACUGCUACACCAGACCCAUCAGUUUACCCGAAGUGACCACGCUGCGCCAGCGGCUGCUGCAGCCGGACUUCCAGCCUGCAGGAGCUUCUCAGCUCCACCCCAGACACAAACACCUCCUGAUGAAGCGUUCGCUGCGCUGCAGGAAAUGCGAGCACAACCUGAGCAAGCCAGAGUUUAAUCCAACUUCAAUCAAGUUCAAAAUUCAGCUGGUGGCUGUGAGCUACAUCCCUGAAGUAAGAAUAAUGUCCAUUCCAAAUCUCCGAUUCAUGAAGGAGAGUCAGGUGCUGCUAACCCUGACCAACCCGGUGGAGAACAUUACUCAUGUCACACUGGCUGUUUGUGAAGAAGACGAUCCUGAUGAUAUUAACAGCACUUCCAAGGUUCUUGUUCCCAGUAAGGAACUGGUUUUGGCAGGGAAGGAUGCUGCAGCCGAGUACGACGAACUGGCAGAGCCUCAGGACUUCCAGGAUGAUCCAGACAUUGUCGCCUUCAGGAAGUCCAACAAGAUUGGUUUCUUCAUCAAAGUGGUCCCUCUGAAAGAAGAGGACACGGAUGUCACCGUUUCAUUUAGGAUGCGUCACGACUUCCGUAACCUCGCUGCUCCCAUCCGGCAGAGCGAGGAGGGGGGCGACGCCGCUCACGAGGCCGUUUGGCUCACUCAUCAUGUAGAGCUGAGGCUGGGGCCGCUCGCUCCCUGAGUGCAAAUAAAAACCUAUAGCGUUCCUCAACUGGUCUGCUAAAAACGAGCGUUCGUUUAGUGGAAGCUGACGGAAGUUGCUUUUGUUUUAUCUUACCUGACGUCACCAGUGGUUGCACAAUAACCUUCAUCUGCAUCUUAGCUCGGCGUUAAAUUAUAGGAAAGUACUGUUGACUGCUGCAUCGGUUUCAUGUCUUUUUAAAUGAUUGUUGUGCUGCUCCAUGGCAGGUUACGUUUCACUACAUCAGCCUUUCUCUGCCUAAACACUAUACAGUCUAUUAGUACGAAGCAGCGUCUGCGUGGGAGGUUAGGAAGUAUUAAUGUUGUGCUUACAGUGUUUUCUUUAUUUCCUCUGUCUGGUUAUAAUUCACCGUAACGCCGAGAUGGUGCGAACUGUUGGGACUGAAACCAGCGAGCAGAAUCACGAGAGACGAGAACCAUCUGAAAAGAGUCGCCGCCUCUGCUCCGUUUGCGUCUGCGUCUUUGUCGGCAUCAUUCUCCGAACAUACCUGCCUAUAUUUCACUGUUGUACAGGAAUCUUAUUUCAAUCGCUUCGUACAGAAUAACCACUUACCAUUUACGGUUCACUGACUAAAACGUCUCGGUGCUUUUAGCAGCUCAUUGAAAGCGUACACAGGCUAUUAAUCUGAGAUCACCUCCAGUUUAUGCACCCGGAUUUAUCCGCCAUUUUACAGGACUGAUUAAAGGUAACCUCGUCUCUGUUGCCCACCUUCAAAUGUAACUGCCUCCAUUAAGCUACGCGGAGGUCGAGAAAAUAGUUUUAGGUGCAAAAAACUCAUCAUGUGUUUGUACUUGAAAACUUCUCCUCCUCUUGGUUGGCAAGCAUUACUGACAAGCCUGUGAGUGGAUGUUGUGCAUAACUGUCCCAUGUGUUAUCCUUGGCAAAAAAAAAAAAAAAAAAAAAAUAGAGCUGUACAUCCAUUAAUCUGCUCUACUGGCUAAUAAAUUAAUAACAUGC